CAAGGUAAAUCCAGUGUUGUUUCCUGUAGAUCCAUGCUGGAUUGUUCAUCCUUGUUCAUGUGUGAAAGAUGUUUGAUGUAGAUCUAUGCUGGAUUUGUGUUACUACAUGGAAACCCUAGAUGGUUUUUUUUGCUAGGUCAUUUGUAGUCACAAUUUUAAUCUGUGGUAUGUAGAUGGAUAAGAGGACCAAGGUAUUCAUUUGUGCUGCUGCUUCAUAUUGGUUCUUGUCAGUCAUGGCAAUUAUUGGUCGGUCUAGGAAAAGAAAACAAGUUGCAAGAAGGGAAGGGAUUACUUAUGCCCCAAUGUUUGAAAGGGAUAGGAAGAGGAUUGACUACCUGAAUGACAAAAUUUGGAGGAAUGACACAACUUGUGUAGACAUGCUGAGAAUGAACAAAGCACGUUUCUUUCGGUUUUGUCAGUUGUUUAGAGAUCAUGCUUUACUUGAAGAUACCGUUCAUAUGUGUGUUGAGCAGCAAGUGGCAAUGUUUCUACAUACUGUUGGACAUAAUGUUAGGAAUAGAGUAUUUGCAACCAAUUUUGGUAGAUCCGGAGAAACGGUCGGUCGUUAUUUUAACAAAGUACUUCAUGCUAUUGGUGAGCUACGAGAGGAUUAUAUUAGGCCCCCUUCAUUGGACACUCCCGCUAAAAUAGAAGGAGACACAAGGUGGUAUCCUUACUUUAAGGAUUGUAUAGGAGCACUUGAUGGUACACAUAUAAGAGCCACUAUUCCAAAGGAAAUGCAGCAUGCUUUUCGUGGUAGAUACAAGCAUUGUACUCAAAAUGUACUGGCAGCCGUAGAUUUCUACCAAAAAUUCACCUAUGUCUUGGCCGGAUGGGAGGGGACAGCACAUGAUGCAUUAGUUUUACGUGAUGCUUUAGCACGUGAGGAUGGCCUUCGUGUGCCACAAGGUAAUAGUUUAACCUAUGUCUUGUCCAUAAAUUUGUUCAUCAAAAUUACUGGAUCAUUGAGAUGUAACCUAACUACACAUCAUAUGUUAGGUAAAUAUUACCUAGUUGAUGCUGGAUAUGGAGCCAAACCCGGAUUUUUACCCCCUUUUCGGGCUGUCCGCUACCACUUGAAUGAAUGGGGAAGGAAUCCGGUGCAAAAUGAGAAGGAAUUGUUCAACCGUAGGCACUGUUCAUUGAGAAUCAUAGUAGAGCAAGCAUUUGGAGCACUAAAAAGGAGAUUCAAAGUUCUUGAUGAUGCAUCUCCUUUUUUUCCUUAUGAAACUCAAGUAGAUAUUGUUAUUGCUUGCUGCAUCAUUCAUAAUUGGGUGAUUGAAGAUGUGAGUGAUGAAUUCAAUGAGCCAGAUGACAAUGAUGACACCCAGGACACCAUAUAUGCUGGGACAGCAAGUGAGAAUGCCAUUAUGCUCGCUUUUAGACAAGGCUUGGCUGACCAAAUGUGGGCUGACCGUCAGAGCCAUGGAAACUAGUAUUUUAUUUGUUUGGACAAUGUAAUAUGUGUUGUAUUUUAUUUGAUUGGACAAUGUCAUCAUUGUAUUUGAUGGCUGAAAUUGUAUUUGAGGACAUAUUUGUUUGCUACCUUGCUGAAAUUAUUGUUUGCUACCUUGCUGAUAUUAUUGUUUGCUACCUUGCUGAAAUUAUUGUCUCAUGAAACUAUGCUUUGCUGAAAUGGACCAAAUGUGGGCUGAUACAUUCUAAUUGUAUAUUGCAUUGUUAAUUCUUGAAGGUAAAUGGAAC